AUGAGCGAAUCAAAUGAAAUAGACGGCUUGACAACAACUCCGCCACUGGAUAAGAACAAUCAACAGACAGAUCCCAAGGACUUGAAGGAAGGUAUAAAAACUAAAGAGGAGGAGCUAACGAAAAAAAGCAAGAAACAGAUAGAUUCUAAGAAUUGUAAGGAAAUAGGAGAAACUAUAGAGAUAGAACUUACGGAGGAGAGCAACGAACAGACUGAUCCCAAGAAUUUAAAGCACAUUGAAGAAACUCCGGAGGAACAAACGGAGAACAGCAAGGUACCAGCUAUUCCAAAGGACUUCAAAGCGUUUGAAGCAACUAAAGAGGAGCUAACGGAGAAGAUCAACGAGCAGGCUGAUCUCCACGAUACCAAGGACUUGAAAGAGUUUGAAGAAACUGAAGAGAAGAAACUAACGGAGGAUCGCAAGAAAAAGGCGAAUUUCCAGCUACAAGCUACUCCACAGGACUUAAAGGAGUUUGACGCAAAUAAAGAGGAACUCACGGAGGUCUACAAAGCACAGGCAAUUCCCAUUCCGGAGAAACUUUCGACAAUUACAGAGGAACUAACGGAGGAGAGCAUCGAACAGGCUGAUCCCAAGAAUUUAAAGCACAUAGAAGAAACUCCGGAGGAACAAACGGAGAACAGCAAGGUACCAGCUAUUCCAAAGGACUUAAAAGCGUUUGAAGCAACUAAAGAGGAGCUAACGGAGAAGAUCAACGAGCAGGCUGAUCUCCACGAUACCAAGGACUUGAAAGAGUUUGAAGAAACUGAAGAGAAGAAACUAACGGAGGAUCGCAAGAAAAAGGCGAAUUUCCAGCUACAAGCUACUCCACAGGACUUAAAGGAGUUUGACGCAAAUAAAGAGGAACUCACGGAGGUCUACAAAGCACAGGCAAUUCCAAUUCCGGAGAAACUUUCAACAAUUAAAGAGGAACUAACGGAGGAGAGUAACGAAGAUAGUGAUGAGGAGGAACUAAAGCCAAUGAAACUCCCUGGCAUAUGCUCACGUUUUUUGCAAAGCCAUAUUGAGAAGGCUAAAAAUUCUUUGUUUCGUCUGAGUAUCUAA